UGGAGCAAGAAGCAUGAGCACUCAGGGGAACGGCCGGAAAAGCGCCGGGAAGCCCCCUCCUGACGACAAGGCACCUCCUGCGACUACAGCCUCCAAAGACUCGGAAGGCUCGGAGAAAAAAGAUGCCGGCGAGACCAGCAAGCCUGGGAGUGCUGGAGUUCGAGAUGGAGCCCAAAGGAUUCUCCAGCUCUGCCAGAAGGGAGAAUGGCCGCCUUUCGACCAGGUGCUCAAAAGCCUGGAGAAAUUGGUUGCCGCCGGUGGGGAAGAAGUCAACAGCGUCCCGCUUGCCGGCAUCGCGGAUCCGACGACGGGCAUGACACCCUUGAUGUACGCCGUCAAAGAGAAUCGGACGACUUACCUUGAUCGCCUCAUAGAAUUGGGCUGCGAUGUCACUGCCAGAAAUAAUGACAAUUACAAUGCGUUACAUAUUGCGGCUAUGUACUCGAGGGAAGAUGUCGUCAAGCUUCUACUCUCGAAAAAAGGCAUCGACGUCUACACUCCAGGAGGAGCGAAACAGCAAACCGCAGUUCAUUUGGUUGCGAGCAGGCAGACCGGAACUGCCACCAGCAUACUCAGAGCGUUGCUCGCCACGGCUGGAAGGGACAUACGUACCAGUAAAGACGCCAGGGGGAAAAUUCCGCUCCUUUUAGCCGUCGAAGCGGGAAACCAGUCCAUGUGCAGGGAGCUGCUGUCGCAGAGCACGGUAGACCAGCUGAAAGCGACGACUGACAAUGGUGACACGGCACUACACCUCGCUGCAAGAAGAAGGGACAUCGACAUGGUCCGGAUACUCGUUGACUACGGAGCACCCGUCGACGGACAGAAUGGAGAAGGACAGACUGCAUUGCACAUCGCGUCGGCCGAAGGAGACGAGACACUUGUUAAAUAUUUCUACGGAGUUAGAGCCAGUGCUUCCAUAACCGACCACCAAGAUCGAACUCCGAUGCACCUCGCUGCCGAAUAUGGCCACGCGACCAUCAUCGAACUGCUCGCCGAUAAGUUCAAGGCGUCCAUUUUCGAAAGGACCAAAGACGGCAGCACGCUCAUGCACAUCGCAUCGCUCAACGGGCAUGCAGAAUGUGCUAUGAUGCUCUUUAAAAAGGGCGUCUACCUCCACAUGCCCAACAAGAGAGGAGCAAGAAGCAUACACACCGCAGCAAGAUACGGUCAUGUGGGAAUCAUAAACACUCUUCUUCAGAAAGGAGAACAUGUUGAUGUGACAACGAGCGACAAUUACACCCCUCUCCACAUAGCUGUCGAAUCUGCAAAACCGGCUGUCGUUGAAACUCUUCUUGGCUACGGGGCUGACGUUCACGUCAAAGGCGGUAGCCAGUUGGAGACACCUCUUCAUAUAGCUGCAAGGGUGAAAGACGGUGACAGAUGUGCACUUAUGCUCCUCAAAUCAGGAGCUGGCCCGAAUUUGACAACUGCGGACGGUCAAACGCCAGUCCACGUCGCUGCCAAACACGGAAACCUGGCGACACUCCUUCUCCUCCUUGAAGACAACGGUGACCCACUUUUCAAAUCAAAAAUUGGCGAAACUCCUCUGCAUUUAGCUAGUAGAGGUUGUAAAGCCGAAGUAGUGAGACACCUCAUAUCGUUUGUUAAGGAUUCCAAAGGAACUGAGGUUGCAACAAUGUACGUGAACUCAGUCACGGAAAACGGUGCGACGGCGUUACACUACAUCGGAGAAGUCACUAAGUCUGAAGUCAACCUUGAAAAUCCAACAGAGGACAAAGAAGUUGUCAGGUUGCUUACGCAAAAUGGUGCCAAUAUGAAUCUCACGACGAAACAGAGCCUAGAAACAGUCUUCCAUUACUGCGCUAUAGUAGGCAACAAUGACGUUCUGACUGAGCUUAUCGCUGCAAUGACGACGACUGAUGUGCAGAAAGCUCUGAACAGGCAAUCAGCAAUUGGCUGGACUCCUCUACUGAUAGCUUGUCACCACGGACAUAUGGAAAUGGUCAAUACACUCUUGGCCAACCACGCUAGGGUGGACGUGUUCGACAACGAAGGACGGUCCGCUCUUCACCUUGCUGCCGAAAGAGGCUUCCUAGAGGUAUGUGACGCUCUUCUCACCCAUAAAGCAUUUAUUAACAGCAAAUCGAGAGUGGGAAGAACGGCGCUUCACUUAGCUGCGAUGAACGGUUUCGCAAAUCUUUGCAAGUUUCUGGUUACUGAUCAUAACGCUGUUAUCGACGUUCUGACUUUGAAAAAGCAAACGCCGCUUCAUCUGGCUGCAGCAGCGGGUCAACUUGAAGUUUGCAAGUUACUGCUUGAUCUCGGGGCAAACAUAGAUGCGACUGACGAGCUAGGACAGAAACCGAUUCAUGUCGCCGCACAGAACAACUUUCCCGAGGUGGCGCAGUUGUUUCUUCAGCAGCAGCAUCUUCUUGUAAUGGCGUGUACCAAAGACGGCAACACCUGCGCCCACAUUGCAGCGAUGCAGGGUUCAGUACGGGUCAUAGAGGAACUGAUGAAAUUCGACCGAGCCGGAGUCAUUUCGGCAAGGAAUAAAAUCACAGAAGCAACUCCUUUACAACUCGCUGCUGAAGGGGGUCACGCGGAUGUAGUCAAAGUCCUGGUCAGAGCGGGUGCAUCCUGCACUGACGAGAACAAGGCCGGUUUUACAGCGGUGCACCUGGCAGCUCAACACGGUCAUGGUCCGGUUUUAGAAGUAAUGCGCUCAACGCAAUCUCUCAGGAUAUCGAGUAAAAAAUUGGGUGUAACUGCGCUCCACGUUGCAGCUUAUUUUGGUCAAGCCGACACGGUCAGAGAGUUGCUCGCUAACGUUCCUGCGAUAGUCAAAUCUGAUCCUCCCCAGGGGACUUCUCUCGUCGGAGAACUUGGAAACGAAUCCGGCAUGACGCCACUUCACCUCGCCGCAUAUUCUGGCAACGAGAACGUCGUCCGGCUUUUGCUGAAUUCAGCAGGAGUCCAAGUCGAUUCUGCUACUACAGAAAAUGGCUACAAUCCUCUUCAUCUAGCGUGCUUCGGAGGUCACAUCACGGUAGUGGGACUGCUGCUCAGCAGGGCGGCGGAUCUUUUGCAGAGCCAGGACAGACAUGGGAAAACAGGCCUGCAUAUCGCUUCGACUCAUGGGCAUUAUCAAAUGGUAGAAGUCCUCCUGGGCCAAGGAGCGGAAAUCAACGCUACCGACAAGAAUGGUUGGACUCCUCUUCACUGCGCGGCUCGAGCUGGAUGUUUUGAGGUGGUUAAACUGCUCGUAGAGUCAGGCGGUUCUCCAAAAUCCGAAACCAACUAUGGGUCCGCUCCGAUUUGGUUUGCCGCUUCAGAAGGGCACAACGACGUACUGGAAUAUUUAAUGACAAAAGAACACGACAGCUAUUCUCUUAUGGAAGACCGAAGAUUCGUUUAUAACUUGAUGAUAUGCAGUAAAAAACACAACGAUAAACCUAUGCAAGAAUUCAUACUCGUUUCUCCAGCACCUGUCGACAUAGCGGCCAAAUUAUCCAGUAUUUAUAUUAACUUAUCGAACAAGGAGAAAGAGAGAGCUAAAGAUUUAAUAGCUGCAGGAAAGAUGUGCGAAGGUAUGGCUACGGAAUUGCUUGCUUUAGCUGCUGGUGCAGACUCUGCUGGUAGGAUCCUAACAGCGACCGACAGAAGGAACAUCGAGUUUUUAGACGUUCUCAUAGAAAACGAACAAAAGGAAGUAAUCGCCCACACGGUCGUUCAGCGGUAUCUGCAAGAAUUGUGGCAAGGAAGCCUAAACUGGGCGGGUUGGAAAACCAUGCUGCUUUUUCUCACCUUCAUCAUCUGUCCUCCCGUAUGGAUAUACUUUACUCUUCCCCUCGGCCAUAAAUUCUUCAAGAUUCCUAUUAUUAAAUUCAUGUCGUACUUGACAUCUCACGUCCACCUGAUGAUUCUUUUAAUGCUAACGGGCAUCAUACCCAUUUAUCCUGUUCUCAGGCCAAACAUUCUGCCCUAUUGGUAUGAAUGGGCGCUGUUGGUUUGGUUGUCCGGGCUUCUCUUGUCCGAACUGACGAACCCGAGCGACAAGAGCGGAUUGGGCUGGAUAAAAUUAGCAGUGCUGCUUUUUGGUAUUUUCGGCGUGGCUCUUCACGUCCUAGGCCUUGCUGUCAGCAAACCAUGGUGGCCGACGUUGUUUUACCUCCGCAACCAGCUCUUCGCUUUGUCUUUCCUCCUCGCCUGUGUUCAAAUCCUUGACUUCCUUUCUUUUCACUACCUGUUCGGGCCGUGGGCCAUUAUUAUCGGCAACCUGAUGAAAGAUUUGGCCCGGUUCCUCGCCGUCCUGGGAAUCUUCGUUUUCGGCUUUUCGAUGCAUAUCGUUGCUCUCAACCAACCCUUUUCACAGCCAGGAGACGUGAAGAAGCCGAAACGGCUUGGACUUUUCGCUGAUGAUGGGACAAUAAUCCUGGAACCGAACUCGACGCAGGAACCCAUCGUUUUCUGUAGCCGGUACGCCAAAAUCCCCGGCUGCAUCCGCCCAGAUACUCCCGGCUUGCAAAUGAAUCCGGUGGACGCACUGGAGCUCCUCUUCUUCGCUGUUUUCGGCCAAACUACACCGGAGACCCUAAGGGUGAAAAAAUCAAACCAGCCUGAAUGGACGUUGUACCUUUUCAAAUUCGUCUUCGGCAUUUAUAUGCUCGUCUCGGUCGUCGUACUCAUCAAUCUGCUCAUUGCUAUGAUGAGUGACACUUACCAACGAAUCCAGGCCCAAUCCGACAUCGAGUGGAAAUACGGCUUGGCCAAGCUUAUAAGGAAUAUGCACCGCACGACGACGACACCUUCGCCGCUCAACUUGGUCACUACGUGGCUCAUGUACCUCCUUCAUCUUUGUAAAACGAAGAUGGCCCAAAGGAAGAGGCCCAGCUUGGUUCAGAUGAUGGGCCUUCAGUCGAGAUCGCGCGUAAGUGCAAGAACCAAAAUGGGUGCCAAAUGGUUGGCGAAAGUCAAAAAGGGGCAAGUCGCACCAAAAGAAUCUGUUGCUCUCAGUGUGGUACAUCUGAGUCCACUAGGAUCACAACUGAGCUUCAGCAAUGCGGCGACAAGAAUUGAAAACAUCGCGGAUUGGGAGGCGAUAGCCAAGAAGUACCGGGCUCUGAUGGGAGAGCAGAAUGACCAGGGCAUGGACAGCAUCGACACAAGCCAGACGAUCGGCUCGUCCGAGACGACACUUUCAGCUCGAUAGAUUUAUUUCGAUUUUUCAAUUGUGGGUAACUCACAUAACUCAAAAAGCCUUAAUAUUGUGCCUUGACCAAUUUCCACAUUCGCAGUGGCUCUGCAAAUAACAUUUACAAUUCUGUGUCUUAUUGUUAUUAAAAUUCAGAAAUAAGUCGUAAUUGAACAAACAACGACUCUGUAAAUAAUUGUAACUUAGACUUGUUGUUCCUGAACGUUAGUUAUUUUUUAUUUUUUUUAGUAUGUAGUCUUUUUCAAUUUUCUACAAUAUCACUGUUACUGCAAGAAUGAAACAUUCAGUCUUUUUAUAACACUAAGGUAAAAUGUGUAGUUACCAUGUACAUAAUAUAAACAGAUAUAUUUUUUCAUAUAAAUAAAACUAUUGAAGUAAAUACACGCCAUUUUUUCCACUAAAAAACUGAUUUAUACAUGAAGACCAGUAUUAUAUUUAUUA